UAAAUGGUACAAACCUCAUGCUUAACAAAACUGUGUCAAAAGUUGAGACUUUGCCAAACCGAGUCAGAGUAACUCUUCAGUCGGGAGAAAUCCUUGAAGCGUCGUAUGCGAUAAUGACAUUUAGUAUUGGUGUUCUACAAAAUGAGCUGAUUGCGUUUGACCCACCUCUAUCAUUUGAAAAGAAGGAAGCCAUAAAUUCUUUCAAAAUGUCCCCCUACACAAGAACUGUUCUGAAAUUUCCUCAUGCUUUUUGGGAUGAAAAUGAGUUCAUUAUCAAUCCGCCAAAAAGACCAGGAUAUUAUGUCAUCUGGGAAAACUACAACCUUACCAAAAUAUAUCCAGGUUCCAACAUUAUCGUGUCCACCCUCACUGGAAAUGAAGCAAGGCGUGUAGCUUCCCUUACAGAGGAAGAAAUCAUAGCUGAAAACAUGGGCGUUCUAAGG